AUGUUGGAUGAACGUCUGGAAUCAGAUGAAGGAGUAAAGCCUUUAGUGUGCCAUUGUGGUUGUCCCAAUGAAAGAGGCUCCAUAUUUGAGAGAUCAGUGCAGGACCCCUUUUGCUCUACUUUUUACAAUGAUGAUCAAGAACCACUCGAGAUACACAGUCGUGCAGAAGAUUCACUGUAUGAAUUGAAUCCAUUGCAGGAGGAAACGCUGUACUAUAAGAUUCCCAGUGAUAAUGAAGAAGAGUUUCAGGAGGUAGAGCUUGGAGGGAACCCAUUCCGUUCGAAUAUGAUGCGUGGAGAUACUUCUUUGAAGGGGAAAAUUGGAUCACCAUCAAAGUGUGGUUGUGUGGUAUGUUCGAACUGCCACGGGCUAAGGAAACCUAGAUCGAAAUCGUCCGCUUCUUACAAUGGAUACAGUUUCUCGCUAGAUUCAAACCCAGUCUCAAGGACAAACAGUAUAGUCAUUCCAUUGUCUAAACAACCCACAAGACAGAGCAUUGCUUCUUCUGUUGGAUGUCUAGAUACAAACAAUACCAUAAAUAAUAACAGUCUCUCUUUUGGAUCCCCAACUAAUAUCACUGACGAGGGCGCAAUAGAUCCUAAAUCUUCCAAUGGAUCAAGAUCGUCCAUUAGCUUAUCUACAAAUGCCAUUCCAACACACUUAUACAGCUUGGAGAGAUACGUAAGUUCUGAAUUGGAUUCAGCGACGGAAUCCUUCUUUGAUAAGUCAAAACAAUUGUCAGACGAAGCUUCAACUCAUGGAACAGAAGACACCGUCUCUUCAUCGUUGGCAAAAAUGUCAUUACGAACUUCACCUCAAAGUUCAAAUAGCACAAUUGCCAAUCCAAACACCUACACUAAUAGAACCAUACCAGAAAUACCGUCAGGAACUCAAUCAAUUAACCAAUAUUCAUCUUCACAUCCACCACCAUUUUUGGACGCAAGAAAAAGAAGAAAGUCUUUCAUUGAACAGGCUUUAUCAGAGAGUUUCUCAUAA